AUGGCGCCGGUGGGGCCGGCCGCGGGCUGGCCGCCGGGCGGUCUUGGGACGCGUAGCGCAAGAGCGUCUUGGGCCGGGUUCAGGAGCAAGGAUGCGAAGCAGAGGCCGUGGCGGUCGAACCAUCCGCAGGCGUUUCAGGGGAGCGUUCGCGAGGGACAAGGCUUUGCAUUCCGAAGAAAACUGAAGAUUCAGCAAAAUUAUAAGAAAUUACAAUGGAGGGAAAAGAAGGGUCAAACCCCUCAGGAAUCCCAGUUCACAGAUCGAUACCCAGAUCAUCUGAAACACCUUUAUUUAGCUGAAGAGGAAAGACUCCGGAAGCAAGUUAGAAAAGUUGAACAGCCUCUGUCAGAAGAACAAACUGAUCAACCUUUGCCGCAGGAGCAAUGUGACAUCGACAAAGCCUCGUCAGAAGAACAUUGUAGUGUUGAGCAGCCUCAGUCUGCAGAACAAGGUGGCAUAAGAGUAAAUUCCUUUACCGUUUCAAAGAAAAAUAAAAAGAAAACGUCAAAUCAAAAAGCACGGGAAGCAUAUGAGCAAGUACAAGCUGAGCGUGCUGCUAAGAGACAGGAAUUCGAGAAGAGAAAACGAGAGAGAGAAGAAGCUCAAAGGCUCUAUAAAAAGAAGAAAAUGGAAGUAUUCAAAAUAUUGAGCAAAAAGACUAAAAAGGGCCAACCAAACCUGAAUUUACAAAUGGAGUAUCUUCUUAAAAAAAUACAAGAGGAUAAUUAAAUCAGAUAUGUUCUUAAAGGUUAAAAUACUGCUCUCUAUUGAGUUCUUUUGUAUAGGUACUGUACCUCCUAACAGUUAACUAAAUUUGUUAACAUAAAAUGGAUUGUAAAGCUAUACUAAGUAUAAAAUGUUCAGAUAUUUUUAUUCUUGUGAAAGAAAAUUUUCUACCUGAUCCCUACAUAGUAUAAUUUGUUUCUUAUUGAUUUGCCUUUGAAGGACAGUGGUCCAAAGAACUUUCUAUUUGAACAUAUUUAAGCAUGUAAUAUUUUUGUAUCAUGUGAAAUUCAGAUGAAAUAAAAUGUUUUGAAAAUAA